AUGGCGGCCGCGUCCUUCACCGCCGCCAAGUUUCUGGCGCCGGUGGCCGGGAGAUCCGGUGGCGACAGGCCAGCGCCCUUCCUCCCCGCGCCGUCCUCCGCGAGGCCGCUCCGCCGCACCAGGCCGGCGCAGCGCCUCCUGGCUGUCUCCUCCGACGUGCUCGCCGGGAACAAGGCCGCGCCCGCCGCCGCCGCGCAGCCGGCAGUGACACGGGAAGAGGCACUAGAGCUGUACGAGGACAUGGUCCUUGGCCGUAACUUUGAGGACAUGUGCGCGCAAAUGUACUACCGCGGCAAGAUGUUUGGUUUUGUCCAUCUCUACAACGGGCAGGAAGCUGUUUCCACCGGAUUCAUCAAGCUGCUCAACCAGCCUGACUGUGUCGUCAGUACGUACCGUGACCAUGUCCACGCUCUGUCCAAGGGUGUCCCAGCCCGUUCCGUCAUGGCCGAGCUCUUUGGCAAGGCCACUGGCUGUUGCCGUGGACAGGGCGGGUCCAUGCACAUGUUCUCUGAACCCCACAACGUCCUCGGAGGUUUCGCCUUCAUUGGAGAGGGCAUCCCCGUCGCCACUGGUGCUGCCUUUGCUGCCAAGUACCGCCAUGAGGUGCUCAAGCAGUCUAGCCCUGACGGGCUUGAUGUCACGCUUGCGUUCUUUGGAGAUGGUACCGCUAACAAUGGCCAGUUCUUUGAGUGCCUGAACAUGGCUCAGCUGUGGAAGCUUCCUAUUGUGUUUGUUGUGGAGAACAACCUUUGGGCCAUCGGGAUGUCGCACAUUAGGGCUACUUCAGAUCCUGAGAUCUGGAAGAAGGGCCCAGCUUUUGGAAUGCCUGGGGUACAUGUUGAUGGGAUGGAUGUCCUCAAGGUCAGGGAGGUGGCAAAGGAGGCAAUUGACAGGGCAAGGAGAGGUGAAGGACCAACUCUAGUAGAAUGUGAAACUUACCGGUUCAGAGGCCAUUCUCUUGCUGAUCCAGAUGAGCUCAGGAGGCCUGAUGAGAAAUCCCAUUACGCCGCAAGGGACCCCAUCAUGUCCUUGAAGAAGUACAUCAUCGAGCAGAGCCUCGCCUCCGAGGCGGAGCUGAAGAGCAUUGAGAAGAGGAUUGAUGACGUUGUGGAGGAGGCUGUGGAUUUCGCCGACGCGAGCCCUCUCCCCCCACGGAGCCAGCUGCUUGAGAACGUGUUCGCUGACCCCAAGGGCUUUGGCAUCGGCCCCGAUGGCAAGUACCGGUGCGAGGACCCCAAGUUCACCCAGGGCACGGCCCAGGUCUAGGCUGAUCCCCCCUGUACAUCCGAGUUUUCACUGCAUCUCUUUUGUUGGUAACGAGCAGUGAAAGAUGCUCUUCAUUUACUUCACCGAAGUGGGUGCAUCGCCUGUCAUGAUCCUUAAAUAUGUUCAGUGUAUGAAGUUAUUUAUUUGUGCACACGUAUUCUUCUCUUAUCGUUUUGAUUGUUUUGAGCCACACAUUACAACUUGAUUCUCAAGAUACUGUUCAGUGCAUCUCUAAAGAUAAUUUAACUUAGUCACUGCCUGAACGCAAUCAUUGGUGGAA